CCGUUGGUUCAUGCGCGAUAAGCCGCCGAUUAAUUACGGCGAUAAAUCGCGCGGCACCGGAGCUAUCGCGCCGCGGCGACGUUUAUCGCUUCUCACCGGGGCGAAGAUUAUCGUUAAGCGCGCCCGGCCGUUCCGCACGUUCGCCGGGCAGCUCGUUACGAGUCCGCGAGAAGGAGGCGGCGGAUCGCGCGUCGUGACUCACGCGGAGCCGCGGCACGGAUCAGAUUAGGAGCAGCGCUAGGUUAUAGAUCACGCCGUGCCGUUCGGGGACGCUAAUCGACAAUGGCUAAUAAACAGUUUGGCCUGAUCUUGGCGAAGAAGCAGCAGAAGCAGCAGCAGCAGCAGCAGCAGAGCACGGCGCCGAGGCUCGGCAACGUUUUCGGGGACGACGAUGCCUCCGACGAGGACGACGGCACCGACUGGGUGCGGAAGGCCCUCAAGGCGGAGGGCGAGAAGAACCGGGUGAAGAGGCAGACGAGGCUCGACAUGCAGAAGGCCCUGGACGAGGACCCGACCAUCUACCAGUACGACGAGGUGUACGACGACCUGGAGCGCGGCAAGGGCCAGUCGGACGGCGCGAGCAAGCAGAAGGAGAAGUCCAAGUACAUACAGAGGCUCCUGAAGACGGCCGAGCGGAGGAAGAAGGAGCAGGAGCACAGGAUAGAGAGAAUGGUGCAGAAGGAGCGCGAGGCCGAGGGCGAGAUGUACGCGGACAAGGAGAGCUUCGUCACGUCGGCGUACCGGGCGAAGCUGGAGGAGUUCAAGAAGAUGGAGGAGGAGGAGGCCAAGAUGAACAGAUUGGAGGCUAUCGGCGACGUUACCAAGCAGCAGGAUAUGUCGGGCUUCUACCGUCAUCUGUACGAGCAGACCGUUGACUACAAGGGCAAGGGCGACGCCGACGAAGGCGGGACCGGCAAGGCGGAGGAGGCGAGUGCCGAGCAGAGGAAACGGAAAACCUCGACGAGCAGCGCGAAUGAGGAGAGCGCGAAUAGGAGGGCAGACGAGACGGCGGAGGGGCAGAGGGCGAUCACGAGGUCGAAGAAGUCGAGGCAGUACAGGCAGCGAGCCGUAGAAGCGUACGAGUCCGAUUCUGAAACGGAGACGGGCAAGGAGGAGCCGAAGAAAGACCAGACCGUCGUUUCGCCGGUGGACGGGGAGGCCGGCGGGGCAGAGGCGCGGGAGCUGGAGGAAAAGAAGCAAAAGUUAGGCGAAACUCGCGUCGAGGAUGCCGCGGAUAACCAGGACAAAGAUACAGGCGUGAGAGACGCCGAGGUACCUCGGGACGAUACCACUCCGGAGGAUGAAAAGGCUGAGUGUAAGGAAGAGCCCGUUGAGAAGAAAGAUAGAUCCUCCAUCUGGGAAAAGAGGACGGUAGGACCGGUGUUCGAAGCAGCGCUGGAAAGAUAUUACGCGAGGAAGGCGAAAAGACUGGUCGCGGCGAAUUAGAUGUAGUUAAUUUAUAGUUACGCUAAUUUUUAUAUAACGCCAACAUCGCUCGCACUGUCCGCCUCACCCUCGUCUACCGGUCAAAUGACUGCGAAUACCGACCUUAUUUUACCAGUAAAAUUGUACAAACAAAAACAAAUGGCGUCACCUCCGACUGUAAAAAUGUGUAUAAUGAAAAUCAACGAGGAUAAGUCGUGGAUACUUAUUUUGUGACAUUAAAAAACUAUAUUUAAAAAAA